UUAGUCCUAAAAUAUUAGAUAGAUCCUAGCUUCUAGAGUCUAAUAUUAAUUUAAUAAUUAGGCAGGGUUAAUUUAAUCAUUUAAUGAUAAUGUGAAUGAUAUCUACAUGCGGUGCAGGCUUAUAUUAUUUAAUAUUCAAACAUGAGACAGUGUACCAACAUGCCAACAUGAACUGAUUAGAACUAGAAUCUAGAUCAUGAGUAAAGUCUCAUCAGAUGAAGCUGUCAAAGCUGAACUGGAGCUAGUGAAAAAAGAUGUACCUCACAUAGAAGAUGUCCAGUUGAUAGCAGCAGUUCCAGCUUUAGUGAGAGCAGAAAUUAAAAAAACAGAGCACAAACAAAUAGCAGUAACAUGCAUGUUUCCACCAACUUAUCCUGAAAUACCAGUUGUGAUUGAGCUCAAGUCAAAGACAUUAGCCGACAAAUUUCUCUAUGGAUUGACCAAAAUAUGUGACACAGAAGCUAAAAAGUUGAUCGGAAAGCCACAGAUUGUACAUAUAAUUAAAUUUGUGAAAACAUUUGUUGAGGAGAACCCUUUGUGUGUUUGUUCUGGUGAAAUUUCAGCGGUAAAAAAAUUACUGACAAGUGAGCAGGAUGAAAUUAAGCUGAAACAAAAAACAUCUCAAAUCAUUUUGAAGUUACACCAGGAACAGUAUUUCAUGCACCUGGUAUUCACAGUUCCUGAUGACUAUCCCAUUGUUCAGACAGGGGUACAGAUAGAGGAGUGCAACUUUCCCCAUUUCUUGUGUGUUAGUUUCCAAGCUCAAGCUACAGAGAUAGCAAGACAGUGUGUGGUUCCUCCAUUGAAAAAAAAUCCAAAGGAUCCCCCAUUUGUUCUAAAGCCCUCUGUGCAGCCAGUCUGUGAAUUUCUAAUUAACUGCGUCAAAAAAUAUCCCCUAGAAAAAUGCCCCUUGUGUGGUGAUAAAGUUUUACCAGUGGAUCCCAAGGAUGAAAAUGCUUCAAAAGGAAAGUUAAAACCUGUGAAAGUGUAUUGUGGUCACCUGUUUCAUUUUGCCUGUCUAAACAAACACAUGAAAACCCCACCUUUCACAGGAGGGAAAAAAUGCCCAGCUUGUGAUAAACAAAUUUUCCACGAGAAAUGGAAAGUGGCAUCUGAGGUGAUGGAGACUAGAUGGGCCCACAAGCAGGCAAAGCAGAGGGAACUAGAGGAGGUUGUGGAUUUCCUGGAGUGAUCUUCAUCUGGGUGUCUUACUUAG